CUGAGAGCAAUGCCAAUGUCCUAGGGGUCUUCUGCAAGUGACACUCAGCGGCACCAAUCGACUUUCCCUUCCCGGCGGCCGAGCCCUCCUCCCCGUGGCGGGCCUGGCGGGGCGGGGACGCUGCGCGGCGGCGGCUGAUGCGCUAGCCGAGUGGGGCGCUCCCGGCGGCGACGGCGGCUCUCGUAGGCGGUUCCGGUAUUGUAUCUCCCGGCGGCGGCGGCUCAUGGCGGCGACUGAGCUGAGAGGAGUGGUGGGGCCAGGCCCGGCAGCCAUUGCAGCUCCGGGCGGCGGCGGCGCUGGCCCCCCUGUGGUGGGAGGCGGCGGCCGCGGAGACUCCGGGCCAGGCUCUGGGGCCGCCCUGGGCACGGUGGCCGUGGGCGGCCCGGGCUCCGGGGCCAGUGGAGUGGCGGCUGCGGGCCCGGCCCCUGCGCCGCCGGCGGGCGGCUCGGGCGCUGGGGGUUCUGGCUCGGCUCGAGAGGGCUGGCUCUUCAAAUGGACCAAUUAUAUCAAAGGCUACCAGCGGCGGUGGUUCGUGCUGAGCAACGGGCUCCUGAGCUACUACAGGUCAAAGGCAGAAAUGCGACAUACCUGCCGUGGCACCAUCAACCUUGCCACUGCCAACAUCACAGUGGAGGACUCCUGCAACUUCAUCAUCUCCAAUGGGGGCGCCCAGACCUACCACCUGAAGGCCAGCUCGGAGGUGGAGCGGCAGCGCUGGGUGACGGCCCUCGAGCUGGCCAAGGCCAAGGCCGUCAAGAUGCUGGCAGAGUCGGAUGAGUCAGGAGAUGAAGAGUCUGUGUCACAAACCGACAAGACCGAGCUGCAGAACACCCUCCGCACGCUCUCCAGCAAAGUGGAGGACCUGAGCACGUGCAAUGACCUGAUUGCCAAGCAUGGCACGGCGCUGCAGCGCUCGCUCAGCGAGCUGGAGGCCCUGAGGCUGCCCGCCGAGAGCAACGAGAAGAUCAAGCAGGUCAACGAGCGGGCCACGCUCUUCAGGAUAACGUCCAACGCCAUGAUCAAUGCCUGCAGAGAUUUCCUCCUGUUAGCCCAGACCCAUAGUAAAAAAUGGCAGAAGUCACUUCAGUAUGAGAGAGACCAGCGUAUCCGGCUGGAAGAGACGCUGGAGCAGCUGGCAAAGCAGCAUAACCAUCUGGAGCGGGCGUUCCGGGGAGCCACGGUGCUGCCGGCCAACACUCCUGGCAGUGCCGGUCCCGGCAAGGAUCAGUGCUGCUCUGGCAAAGGAGACAUGAGUGAUGAGGAUGAUGAGAAUGAGUUUUUCGACGCUCCUGAGAUCAUCACCAUGCCUGAAAAUUUGGGCCACAAACGUACUGGCAGUAACAUCAGUGGAGCCAGCAGUGACAUCAGCCUUGAUGAGCAGUACAAGCAUCCGCUGGAAGAGACCAAGAAGGAGAAGAGAACUAGAAUACCAUACAAGCCAAACUACAGCCUCAACUUGUGGAGCAUCAUGAAGAACUGUAUCGGAAAAGAGCUCUCCAAGAUCCCCAUGCCGGUGAACUUUAAUGAGCCCUUAUCCAUGCUUCAGCGCCUUACUGAAGAUCUGGAAUACCAUGAGCUGCUAGACCGAGCUGCAAAGUGUGAGAACUCUCUAGAACAGCUCUGUUAUGUUGCAGCUUUCACCGUGUCCUCCUACUCCACUACUGUCUUCCGUACCAGCAAGCCGUUCAACCCGCUUCUUGGGGAGACCUUCGAGCUGGACAGAUUAGAGGAGAAUGGGUACAGAUCCCUCUGUGAGCAGGUGAGUCAUCAUCCCCCCGCUGCUGCGCACCACGCUGAGUCCAAAAAUGGCUGGACAUUGCGUCAGGAAAUCAAAAUCACCAGCAAGUUUCGAGGCAAAUACCUCUCCAUCAUGCCCCUCGGUAGCAUCCACUGUAUUUUCCAUGCAACAGGGCACCAUUACACUUGGAAGAAAGUCACCACAACAGUACACAACAUUAUUGUGGGCAAGCUGUGGAUAGAUCAGUCUGGAGAAAUUGAUAUUGUGAAUCACAAGACAGGAGACAAGUGCAAUCUUAAAUUUGUUCCUUAUAGUUACUUCUCUCGUGAUGUAGCAAGAAAGGUGACAGGGGAAGUGACAGACCCAUCAGGAAAAGUUCACUUUGCCCUUCUGGGGACCUGGGAUGAGAAAAUGGAUUGUUUCAAAGUACAACCAGUCACUGGGGAGAAUGGGGGUGAUGCUCGACAGAGAGGCCAUGAAACAGAGGAAAGCAGGCUCAUGCUGUGGAAAAGGAAUCCUUUACCGAAGAAUGCAGAAAACAUGUACUACUUCUCAGAGCUUGCCCUAACUCUCAACGCCUGGGAAAGUGGCACUGCCCCCACCGACAGCCGGCUGCGGCCCGACCAGAGGCUGAUGGAGAAUGGGCGCUGGGAUGAAGCCAACGCGGAGAAGCAGCGCCUGGAGGAGAAGCAGAGACUUUCCAGGAAGAAGAGAGAAGCAGAAGCUGUGAGAGCCACGGAGGAUGGCACACCCUACGACCCCUAUAAGGCGCUGUGGUUUGAGCGCAGGAAGGACCCUGUCACCAAGGAGCUGACCCAUAUUUAUAGGGGAGGAUACUGGGAGUGUAAAGAAAAGCAGGACUGGAACUCAUGCCCGGACAUUUUCUGAACCACAGUAACGAAGAGGACGAGGAUCCAAAGGAGAAGAGGACGGAGGACGCGCGGGAGAGCUGGCACUUGUGACUCUUACCCAGGGCUUUCCUCAAGUUUGUCUUAACCAAUCAUUUUUUCCAAAUCAGUCACCCGACGCAGAUGCCAGUGGUGGUGAUUGGCUGGUUGCCUUAGCUGAUUGAAACUGAAAUCGACAACUAGAGACCUGCGCUUGUGGGGGGGAGGCUUAGUGGCUGAAAGUCAGCGUAGGUCCUCGCCCGCAGUGAGGCACUCGGCUCCUGCCGCUGCCCCCGUCUGAGGUGACGUCACCCACCCCCGUGUAGUACCUGCUCAGCCAAGAGCUACGCAAGAUUAUGAUUCAGGGGCAUUUUGGUGCUGUUCACAGCAAGAGCUGGCUUUAGAAGUUCCUUUAGAAAGAAACAUGUUAAGACUUACUAGCAGAGCCAUCAUGAAUGUUUGCAGAGGAGCUUAGCCGCAGCGCUAUGAAACGUGUUCCCACGUGAGGUCAGUGGGGAUGGGGCGUCCGUGCACAGAGAGAGCCACUGUGUUGGAACACUGUGACAGGGUGUGUUCUGUGAGGUUGAAUAGUCAGUUACAUUCUUGGAAGUUUCUGUCUUCACUUGCGUAACACACUUCUGCUGUUCUCCAUCUUUGCUAGCAACUGGAGGCCACUUCUGUGGUUUGGUAGGAGGGUUGCAGUAUCCUCACGAAGGGGUUUUACAGACUUCCUCAGGCGGAGAACUUCUGGGAACACCAGGCAGGACGGAAGAAGACUGCCAGCCACCUUUGCUUUCCCAGUUCCUCCUCGCCCCAUCCUUGUCUUUCUUGCUUCCCUUCUCUUUCUUGGCACACCGCCCAGCUGGGCCUGUGCCCAGUGUGGAGCAAGCAUUACCUGCCCCAUUCUGAUGUACUUCAGAAUUUGAGGGAAGGAGUGAAUCUGGAGUAGUUUUCACCAUCUCUCAAGCCCCAUGGACUGGAGCCACCUCUGGAAUAAUGUGUUAAAUAUCUGUAUAUUAUAUAUAUGUAGAGAAAAUCUAAUUUUUCUGUUUGAUUUUCCUUCUUCCCAUUAAGAGUCUUGUUUUUUGAUAUCACUUGUCUCCCUGGGACUCUCUUGGACACACUGAUGUGGACUGGAGCUUCCUGUUUUCCAUCUGAUAGGGACAGACAGAUGUGGCACCUGAGCAGGAUCACGGCCAGCACUUACUGAACUAGGACUUUAUCCCUGGUUUAUAUAUUGGGGUGUCCACUCUGCUCUCCUACGUACCUGAGUCUUGAAAAUGAAAUCCUAACCUCUUUCCUGCCUUUUUUUCUUCUUUCGUUAGGAAGAGUAUGGGUGGAAAGUCAAGAGGGUGACUUCCAGUUUAAUUCCACUCUCUCGGUCUGAAUCACAGCCCCCACUUCUAAUUCCCACAAGAACCUUCUUCCUAGGUACUGGCCCGAGAGCAGCAUCGCGUGCGUGGGUAGGAGACCGGCUCCGCUGGGCCCUGGCUUCCUGCAUUUCCUGUUGUGUGUGUGUGUUAGUUGUCUUGUUCCAAAACCUACCCCCCGUGCCACCCACCCUCGGUUGAGGAUCACAAUUUGAGGUGCCUUCCUUGUAUGCUUUUUGUUAGUGUUUUUUGUUUCUGUUCCUAACUGCUGAGCCUCAGCCAGUGUGGGUCCUAGGGCAAAAUAUCAUUCCAGAUAGGAAGCCCCCUCUCCACGGACAUUGGACUUAUACUGGGUAAAUCAGUACUCUUAUUCCUUCCCCACCGUCCCUCCCUUCCUGGCUGUGAUGAACUUGAGGGAGGGGCAGCUGCUGGGAAUUUAUGCCCCGGACCCCGAUUCCCAGCACAAGCAAGGGAUUGUGCCAGGGCAUCUUUCAAGGAGCCCAAGGAGCUGUGACCUAAUCGGGGGCCUUCAGACAGAGUGGCAGUUCCCCAAGUACAUUGAACUUCCCAGCUUUAUCUCCCUUUCUUCCUCCACCAUCGGCACUACGUUUCCAGCCUGACCCCCAGUCAGAUUCCUGCUAAUGGAGAGGCUUCGAGUCCUUCAGGUGAGAUGAAGUCACAUCAAAACAAAACUAUAUAUAUUUUCCGUUGUUUUGCCUUACUGUUUUUUUUCCAAGAAAACUACUAAAUUAAAUAAUUUUUUAAAAGCCA